AUGCAUAUUGGUUGUUCGCGAUCUUGGGCGCAAAUGUGCUCAGGUGGGCAAUCAGCAAUCGAGUUGCAAUAUAUAGGAUCGAAGGAAAAUGCCCAGCUUGAGGCGAGUAGGACGAGAAGAGAAACAAUUGAGGCGAUCCACAUUUUUUUGUAUGAAAAAUGGAAUUGAAGAUGCUUUUUUAUACGGAAAAUUUAAUUGAUUCGAUAAUAAAUGUUAAUGCGGAAGUUUUUUGCAAAAAACAAUGUUUGAUUUCUGUUACAGUUCAGAGCUGGCAGACAGUUUUGCAAAGUGGACAUCAAAAGUUUCUUAUGUGUCUUUGGCUAAUUUCAGAUUAUUGCUGAAGAAUCGUACAGUAACCCCUUUUGAUCAUCCGGUGAUUUGGAAAGCUUGUGAAACGUUUGAAGAUGAUACAUUGUUUUUUAGGAAAAAUAUAUUCAAAAUUCUUCACUUUUUAUGAUCCCCUAAAAAAUAUAUGUAAAAAGAGUCCAAUUGUGGCGUAAAGAAGUGUUUGAAAGUAAGAACAGUGAUAUAAUUGAGUUUCAAAACUUUAUGGCCAAAGCUCUCGUCCUUCCUUUGAAGUUUUAGAAACUAUAUUACAUAGUUUUUCAUCAAGAAACAAUGUUACGAAAUCCGUUUCUCAUUGAUAAAUAUAUAUUUCAAAAACCAUAAAUAAUAUUAACCUUUUGAGUCUUAAAAAAUUCCUCCUAAGGCUUCAAAUCAAAAAAAAUGUUGGUCAAACCAAAAUUUUCAACACCAAGUCGUACAUCUAUUUUCUUUACACACUUUUCUUUCCAAAAUGAUCAAAAGUUCUCAUAUCUUUUUUGACCACCACUUUGCACGAUAUUUUCAAUACAAAACAAUGUGCGAACGGCAACAGGUGUGUGACAGAAAAGACCAGAUCAAUCGUUUAUUUUUCAAUUUUCACACCAAAAUGUGUCAAAAAAAAGCCUAUCCAUAACCUUUUGCGCUCACUAUAUUUCAAAAUCUCUAGAGGUUUUUUAAUCGAAAUAUUUUUUCAAUUGAUUUUUGGUUUAUGAAUCAUCAUGACUUUAAUUUUAGCCUUUGAAAUAAAAUAAUAAAUUAUGAUAUUAUUCAAAAAAAAACCUAAUCAAACCCCGCCCAUUUUUAUAGUCUAGAAGGGGAAACACGAUGUGUCACACAUACAUUCUUCCUCUUUCUCUUCCUUUCUUUUCAAUAAUUUGUGUAUUUAUUUAUUUUUCGUGUGCUACUAAAAAGCGGGCAAGCGGAAUAUCGUUGUUUUACUUCAUUUUUCAGCAUUUUUUUCAUUUUUAUUUUAAUGAUUUAUCAAAUUUAUAGAUUAUUUUUCAGCUAGAAUGGAGCAAACUGGAAGAACAAAUAAAUUGAGCUAUUCGCGCAGAGAAUUAAAAGAAGAUGCACCGUAUGAAAACGAAUGCCAAUAUAUGUGCCUUUUUGAGAAGUUAUUGAAAGAAAAUAUGUCGGAUAUUCAACUAGUCAGUGAUGAAGAGUAUGAAGAAGAUUGUGAAUUAAUGGUUAGUUAUGCGAAUUGUGAUUUUGAGAAUUGAUCUAAGUUGUUUCGCGUUUUUCAAAUUUUUCUCAAUUGUCAUACUGAAAAUCGAAAUUCAAAACUAUUUUACGGUCAGAUUUUAGUAAAUUCCUAUUUAUUGCGUUCCUUAAUCAACAUAGAAUAGAAUAAAACCAGGAAAAACAGGAUAUAGGUGCAUUUUUUUCAGAUAAAUUUAAUAAAUAAUCAGCUAAACUACAAUAACGUUGUUUUUAUAAAGAAGUGUUUGAUUACAGAAACGUUGGAAAUACCAUUUAUUUUUUUAGCAUUCUAAAAACAAUCCUGUAAAUCAGGAAUACACAAUUUUUUGAAAACAAAACAAGAUAUCGAGUUGGGUUUCAAACUAAUGACAAAUAUACUCUCUAUUGACAACCAGCUAUUAAAGAGUACAUGUAAUUAUGCUCCCUACCCAAAUACAUUCUAAUCUUUCCAAAAUUGAAAAUCAAAAACACUAGAAUAUGAGAAUAAUUUUCAGUGGAGCGAAAUGGUUUGUCAAAAAUGUCAAGUACAUUUCGACACAACUCAACUAUUCCUCGAACACAUUUUAUCAUGCCAAUUCACACGCAAUGAUAUGUUUUGUUAUGAAAAAUAUGGAAUCGUCACAAAAGAAAUCCAAGAUGUUUUGAACGAAGCAAGUGAAGAUCGCGCAAGUCGAUCAUAUUUGUCGAAGUAACUUAAAUCAUUUACAGUUAACUUCGUAUCAACAAUAAUUUUCAGAUCACUUGCGAAUGAUGAUGAGAUUAAAAUUAUGAUUCCAAUGACUUCGCCACUCGCAACGUUUUUUCUUCGUGGAAUAAUGAUCUAUUUAGAAAGAUUUCCGGCAGAUAACAAAAGAGUUAUUCGUGCAAAAAUAGAACAAGAGGGAAAAGCAUAUACAUUGUUUUUCACCGCAAAAAUGAUUCAAAAACAGUAUGAUGAUUAUGCUAAACACAAAGAUAAACAACAGAAAUUGAGGUAAAUCCAAGCAAUAAAGAGUGGCUGUCAGAACUAAAAUUGUUUCAGAGUGCAACGCGAAUUAACUCGAGCAUGCCAAACUUUCAAACUAUCGUGUCCAGAUGUGGUUCUGCACAGUAAGCAUAGACCAGCUGAAGUUACCAGAGAUCUUGCAAUAGCGUUAGGAAUUUCAAGAAAAAUAAAACUCACUCAAGAAGUGAUUAUGGCGGCGUUUGAGGAAAAAUUUAAGAAAAAUGAAGAGUAAGUCACAGAAAAUUAUUUACUAUUUAUUACCUAUGAUUUUUCAGAUCAUCUAAAUCAACAUCUCCUGUUGAAACACCAAUUCUGCGAAAUCACAAAAGCGACGAAAGUUCAGAUACCUUGGAUGAUUCUGAAAAUUCACCAGAAUCUGAAAAGUUGAAGUACGCUAGAAGAAAGUUGCAAUCUAAUUUCACUUCAGAUUUUUUGAAACCACUGUCUUCAAAGAGAAAAAGAAGUACACCAACGAAGAAACAAUGAUGAUUAGGUUAAAAUAUUUAGGUUUUCAAAUUCCGGGUCUUUCAUUUGUUUUUUAUUCCAUAUACUUUAUUAUUUUUUUCAUAAAUACAUUUUGUUGUUAUUUUUGUUGAUUCAAUUGAUAAGAACGUUUAGUUUCUUAAUUUUUGAACCAAAAAAACUAAUAUGAAGUUAUAUAUCUACUUAUUUCUAUUUUCUGUUUCGGUAAUUCGAGCAAGAGAAAUAACUAUUUUAAACCAUUGCGACUUUCAAACUUGGAUUGGUAUAACUAGUGGUAAAACUGGAAUCAGACUCAAUUCUGGUGAAAUCAAGAAUAUAACAGUAGCCGAUAAUUGGUUACAAGGACAGAUUUGGGCGCAAACUGGAUGUGAUGAGAAUAUGAAUUGUGAGACGGGAAGUUACUCAUUAGAGGUGAAUGAUAAUUAAUAAAAAACGACCAAUUAGGGUUAAUCAGAUAUUGAAAAAAGUGCAACACGACAAAAUUUUCGCUCGAAAACUUUUCGUUUAAUUAAAUUAAUCUUAUGAUCUCUCUCAUUAUUCAAUUUUAGAUUUUUCAGAAAAAGUUCACAAGUUUACUAAAAUCACACGAGAUUUUUAAGAUAAGAAAAUAUAUCACAAAAUGAACAUCAGAUCAAAAUUUCCGCAGCAAUUUCCUACUUCUUAAUGUUGUGGAAUCCAUAAAAACCAGGACAAUUCAAAAUUCCCCACCCAAAUACAGGAACUAACCUCAAAACCAAGAAUUUCGAAUCUUCCUCCAAUCCUCCGUAUCCACGCCACUAAUAUUUUGCAAGCAUUUUUAGAUGCCGAUAGUUCAAAAAAUAAAAUAAAAAAUAAAAAAAAAGUCACAAAACAUGUCAAAAAACAAUCGGUGAGAGUGAAAGAGACGAAAAUAUAUUAAAAUCCCGCGUGAUCUACAGCGAGUUGAAUUUGCGGGUCUAGGAUUUGUUAAAUCUAGAAAUAAACUUCAGCUUGAUUUUUGAAAACACAUUUUUGAACGUUCACUUUGCCAAGCGAAUAAAAGUCAUCCUAAAUUUUUUUUCGAAACAAAACAUGUUUUCCAACCGCAAUUUCAAAAAUUAUGGAUCUUCAGACCCACAAUUUUUGAUGUAUCUUUGAUCUAUUUUUCUCUAACAGUCUCCUUCACUCUCACCGAUUCCAAAAAAAAAUUUUUCAGAAAAAUGAAAUCUGUUCAAAAAACCGCCCGUUUCCACCUGUAACUAUAGCAGAGUUCACUUUGAAAGGAGCUAAUGAUGAGGAUUUUUAUGAUGUCUCUCUUGUAAAUGGCUACAAUGUUCCGAUUACGAUUGAAACAAUUGGAGGAACUGGAAAUAAUUGUGGGAAAUCUGGGGAAUGUGUUCAAGAUUUGAAUGAGAUUUGUCCGGAUGAAUUUGCAGUUAGAAGAGGUGAAAGACAAUUAUUUAUUUCAAAAUCUACAGUAAUCAUAGACUUUUUGGUAUCGAAAAAAUGUACUUUUUAGUGCGGACACCUACAGUGACAUCGAACUCGAUUAGUUUUCAAAAUUGGAAUUUUUCAGAUAACCUCACAAUCGGAUGCAAAACAUCUUGUUUAAUUCAUCAGAACGACGAAGAAUGCUGUGAAAAUCAAUAUGCGAAUUUUGAAAGUUGUAGCUUAACAAAAACUUCGAAACUUUUCAAGAAUUCCUGUCCAGGAACUUAUUCUUUCGAAUUCGAUGAUGUUCAAUCAACUUUCACUUGCAUUGGAGCCAAUUAUUUUAUCAAAUUUUGUUAA